CAGUGACAUCACUUUCCAGAAUUCCCCUUCAGUGCUGUCUGUCUCAGCGACGAGAGCGACGGAGAAAGACAAACAAACACUGUUAACCAGCCAGCGUGCUUCCGUCUGAGGAUUCAGAGACUUAGUCGAGUGUUUUAAGUGGUACUUUGUUUUUACAACCAACGCAUUCAAGGAUGUCCCUGUAUCCAUCACUCGAGGACCUCAAGGUCGACAAGGUCAUGAGGGCUCAGGCCCAGUAUGCCCAGACCACCACCCCAGCCAUGCCAGCCAUCACCGAGGGAACCUACCAGCCUCAGCCUACCGCUGUUGCCAUUCCAGCAUCAACCCUGUACCCAAAUCUGGAGGAGCUGGGAGAUUACAUGGGCCUGAGCCUCGACAGCGAUGAGGUCCAGAAGAACCUUGCUCUGUUGCCUGUGGCUGACAAUCAGGUGGCAUUGCCCACCGCCUCGGGUGUCGGUGGGAUGGUGCGGCCAGUGACGGGGACAGACAUUGGCAUCAGGAGGGCAGAGAUCCGCCCCGGGUUGCGGGAGAUUAUCCUGUGUAAGGACCAAGACAGAAAGGUCGGACUGCGGCUCAGGGCAAUCGACAAUGGAGUGUUUAUCCAGCUGGUGCAGUCAAACUCCCCUGCAGCCCUGGCUGGCCUGCGCUUCGGGGACCAGGUCCUCCAGAUCAACGGGCAGAACUGUGCCGGCUGGAGCGUGGACAAAGCCCACAAGGCCCUGAAGGCUGCAGCUGAGACCCGCAUUGAGCUUGUGGUCAGGGACAGGCCAUUCCAGCGCACUGUCACUAUGCACAAAGACAGCUCAGGCCAUGUCGGCUUCAUCUACAAGUCUGGUAAAAUCACCUCGCUGGUUAAAGACGGCUCUGCUGCCCGUAACGGCCUGCUGACUGAGCACUACAUCUGUGAAAUCAAUGGGCAAAAUGUUAUCGGACUCAAGGAUUCGCAGAUCAAGGACAUUCUGAGCACCUCUCCGAGUGCCAUGACCAUCACCAUCAUGCCCAAAUUCAUCUAUGAGCACAUGAUUAAAAGGAUGUCUACUGGUCUUCUGCGAUCCGCCAUGGAUCACUCUGUGCCCGAGGUGUGAGGCUGUGGAAGAGGAGUAUCACCAGCUCAGUCAGGACAUCUGCACGGAGAUCUCGCUCUCUCGUACUCUUUCCCUUACUCCUAUCUGGAUCUUUCUCCUCCUCUUGUCUCUGUCGCCAUACGAAACCACAAUCACCGUCAUUGCCAUUUCUCAUCUUAACAUAAUCUCAAGAUGCCUUUUUUCUAUUUGUCAUCUGUUAAGUAUAUUCCUUUUCUACAUUUCUCUUACCUCUGUUGACAUGUCUAGUACUUUAUAUAUGUUAACCUUUUUAGUCCAUGUUUUACAUGUGUAUUUUUUCUUGUUUUGUAUUUGACUUUGAGGGCAGUACAUUUUACGCCAUGCACACUAUCAUGAGUCCAGAGCUUCCUCCCCAUUGUGGAGUCGAAUCGUUGGCAAGUGACGUGUCACUGUAACGUUAAAAUGCUGUAAAAGCCGAUGGCCAGUCAUCAGAGCCCUAUCAUUGUUGACGAUGGCUGAGCUCUAAGUCCCUGCACUUGACCCUUAAUAAUGUGCAUACAUCAGUAAUCAGAGUUGAACUAACACCCGGGCCUUACAAGGGAACGCUGAGUUAAUUUUACUAUUGUUUUUUGCUUAAAAACAAACAAACAAAAAAAUAUAUAUAUAAGUGUACCAUGUUUUUUGGCAUCAGGAUAAGUUUUCAGCCUCCUGACAUUCAUGCCCAAGAGCUUAAAUCAGGUCCCUGGAUUCAACCUUCUUUCUUGGCUCCAAAAACCAAUGAGAAUCUAAAAUCAGGGUGCAAAGUGGCAGCUUCUCAGAUGUGUUGAAUUUGUCGGUACUGGGAACAAUGUGUGCACAUUCCAGGGGAAAGUGUAGGGAAAAGGGGCAGCACUAUCCGUUUGUUGCUCUGUGCAGCUGGGACUUGGCCCCGUCCUCAAACACUAGAAGAGCCAACUGUUUUCUUACACAGCUCAAAGAAAUUGAGACCACAGUGAUGUGUUUGACUCAACAGGUUUUUUCUUUCUUCUUUGGUCUUGUUACUCAAAAUUAGAGUUUAGGGAAAACCAUUGGCACAGCUAGUGUUUGUUGGGACAGGGUCUGUGCUGGGCGGACCCACUAAGUGCACUUUCCACCACCUUUUAGGAGGUUGUCCUUCCUGUAUCCAUUUCAGCGGUUAACAUUUGUGCUUUUUUAUUAUUGUGUUUGUGGUGCCUCAUGUUAAUGAGAGAACUCAUAAAACAAACAUGUUUGUUGUAUGUUAAAUAUAGGAACCUGCUUACAUUUGAUGCUGAAAAUCAUCUGCUUAAAUUGGAGGCAUUUGAUUCCACAUCAUGAGUGUAGUUGUUAAACUCGCUCUCCUCUGCGAACCGUUGUUGGAGGACCUCCCUCUGUAAUAUUCCUUCCCUGGCUGAUGAGCGCUGUCAAACUGAGCACGGCUCACAGUCAAGUGAAUUUCUACUUGUUAUAUAAAAUUGCUCCUUUUAAUGCUGUUCAUGUUUGGAUGCAUGUAUUCCUUUAAUUUUCUAGGUAUGCAAUCUGAUAAACAUUACUGUCAUUCUGUAAAAAAAAAUGCUAGAAAAAAUCUAAAAGUUUAUAUACGAAUGUAACCGAGAUAAUAUUGUGAAACGAAUAAACAGUCUUUCUGUUCACAUUAA